UGAAAGGGUCGAUUCCAAAGCGAGUGAGUCGUCGGGGAUUUUUGUAGUUGGUGGUGACUGGUGCAAACAAGGAACUUUAUUACAAUGACGUUUUCUCACGAAAACGACAAGAGAGAUAAUAAUAACGUGCAAAAUAAUUUGGAGGAAGAGUUCAACUCUGUAUGUAUGCAAGUGGAAGAUGCUGGAAGCACGCCUUUUGAUGUAAAAUUCAUGGCAAAAGUUUUGCCAAUCAAGGAAGAGCAACAUUUUAUUGCUGCGAACAAAGAGUUCUCAGUUAGAAUGUUCCAUAAAAAAGAAGAAAAUAAAGUGACGUAUGUUGUGCGUUCUGGGGAACGUGUUCAAGGACCACCAGGUUACGUUCACGGAGGCGCUAUUGCUACACUUCUCGACGAUUGUCUCGGCAGUGCUGUUUUUUUGAGCGGUUCUUUUGCCAUGACAGCCAAUUUGAAUAUCAAUUACCGCAAACCAAUUCCUCUCAACAGUGUUCGUACAGUUGAAGCGUUUUUCGAGAAACAGGAAGGUAGAAAACUGUAUGCAAAGGGUUGUAUUUAUGAUAAAGAUGGUAGUGUGCACGCUGAAGCAACAGGACUUUUUGUAGUUCCUCGACAUCUAUCUCAGGAAAAGUGAAGUGGUUGCCGUUCAAAGUUGUUUUGGUUG